AUGCCGGAGAGAAGUGAGGGGAAGCCUUGUGUAGUGGAAAUAGAUACUAAGGACGAUGGCAAUAUCUCCAUUUGUAUGGCAAAGGUGAAAGAAGAGCCUCAUGAAGCUUGCGAGGAUAACGAUGAGAUAGAAACCAACAUCGCCUGCGUCGGUAAGUUCACCACCGAAAGAGAAGACCACACCCUCGGUAACCUCCUCGAAAUGCAGUUGUGUCGAGAUCCGGAUGUGAUGUUCUCUGGAUACAAGGUGCCGAGCCCUCGAGAGCUCGAGGUCGAACUCAGGGUACCGAAGAUGAUAACCAAGUUUGCUUAA